AUGGCGGAAAAGAGAUUAUUUAAGGAAUAUAAUCAACUCAAGAAAAACCCGGCGCACGAAGCUAAUCCACAGAUUGUGUCGCUUUCGCCAGUGGACAUGUCUAAUAUUCUUGAAUGGGAGGCAGUUGUGAGUAAACCAGACAAAAGUGGGAGUAGAUACUACUAUAAUGGGAAAUGGAGACUUAAUAUUACGGUGCCUACGACGUAUCCACUUACAGCACCUAAAAUUGAGUUUGAUAAGUCCACACCAAUAUGCCAUCCCAACAUUAAUAUAGAUACGGGGGAAAUCUGCUUAGACAUAUUGAAACAAGAGAGCUGGUCACCGGCAUGGAACUUGCAGUACUUGGUGGUGGCGGUAUUAAUGCUUAUUGACGACCCAGAGCCGGAUUCGCCGUUAAAUAUUGACCUGGCGAACUUAUUCAGACAAGACAAGAUUGCGUUCGAGAGUGUGGUCCAGUAUUACAUGUGGAAAUACGAUACGUUUCGUACAUCAGAUGGGGGAGACAAAGACAUAACGGGAGUGAUGGAGAAAGGAGACGAAAUUGUUGAGUCAGACUUGGAUAUUGAGUCGAUGGAAGUUUCUAAUGAUGCGAACAGAGCUAUCCAUGAAAUAAAAAACCAAGCACAAGAAAUUGUCAACGAGACCAAUUCGAUAUUAGGAGGGUCACCUUCAAACGAUGAAAAUCACACAUUCUCUUACAGACUUACAAGGCCUAUCGUACCUACGGAUACCCAAAAUGACAUUAAAUCGAAAUUGGAUUUAAAACUUAGUAAGAUUGAUUUCUUAAAGGACAAAUUAAAUAUACCAGACUCGUCGGAGUCAACAGGUACCAAGCAACAUGUUCCAAACUACAAAGUGAUACAUGAUGUGGGAGAAGAAGUUACAAAGCAGUUUAUUGCGAAGGUUGAUGAAAUUGGCCAUUCUUCGAGUUCAUCUCAAGGAUCAAUUGAAGACCAACACUCGGAUGAUGAUUUGCAAGGUGUGAAACAAAAAGUAACCGCAAAUGUUACCAAACAAGUCGAGAUAUUGUGUCUGAAAUCUGCGUCGCCUGAUAUCACAGAAUUUCACGAGAGCAUUAAGGAUAAUAAUAAUAUCAAUUAUGGUCAUGGAGAAUUAGAAAGAGUUAGACAAAACUUCAUGAAGCAAGUUGACGAUAAAAUAAAGAAACACGAGGAGUAUAUUAGAAGGCUGCAGUCCAAUUCUCCAAGCCCAACAAAUCCGUUAUAUAAGACUCAAAUGGACCAAACUUCGAAGCUGGAACCAUCUAUAUCUAACACCAGUAAUAAGCCCAGAAGUCCGCUUGUUGAAACGUACAGUCAAGAAAAGCAUGUCAUAAGCGAACCUGAGGGUGGUGUCAUUGAUAAUUCUGAUAUAGAUGGACAAACUUAUAAGAAUGCUCUGAUGUCCCAGAAAUCAGAAUCUGACAACUUGCGAUCUGAAACCCCACCACCUCGUAAACCAAGUUUGUCUGCUGGGCUGUCAGCAACUCCAAAGUCUGCGUUAAGUCAAGAAUUGGAUGCGGGUAUUGAGACGCCCUUACAAAGAACCGACUCUGGGUCAUCGACGAGAUCAUCGUUUUCCAAUUUGAAGAAGUCGCUAUCCAGAAAGAACUCGAAGUCAAAGACUAGUUCGCAGGAAGAUUCCGACAUCUCAAAGAGGAAGAGAUUCCUGAAUUUGCUCAAAUCGAAGCCGGGCGAGAAAUAG